AUGACUGAUAAUAAUGAUAUCUAUGCUAUCGAUGCUGCCAAUGCUGUUGCUGCUGUGGAUGGUUUAGAUAGAUAUUGCAGUUCAUAUGGCAAAAAUUGCAAAAAUGGCAAGAGGAAAACCCACCCAUCGGAGGCGGACAUCCUCACCGGUGAUUCGUCAAAAUCCCAAAUUUUGAUCGGAGGUAUCUCCACAAGAUCCUUUUUCUGGAGUCUUACCCAAAAUCCAUGA